AUUGGCAACCGUGGAACUGUGACGGAAGCCUCUGCUUUCAAUGUAGAAGAUGAUGUAAACAGACUGAGAGGAGCCAUGAAGGGGGCUGGUGAGUGAUUCUAAUGAGGUGUCAGAUAGGCCGGAUGUUUGCGUUUGUAUCACUUUUUUUCUUCUCAGAAAUAGUCUUAUAUCCGAAAAUAGUUUGUUAACUGUCCUUUCCGUGAAAGCCUCAACCUACCUUCCUGUUAUACAGUAUAAGUGCAGUCACAUAUUUUGUAAUUAUUCUAGACCUCUCUACAGGACCUCUACAGGACUGUAGUUACUGAACUUUCCAUUUUGAUGACCUCAUUCAUUCCUCUAAGUGUGCCCUGAGAGUACUUUCUUUCUCCACUCCAGUAUACUUGACUCAUUCGUAGCCUAUACAGUAUUUUGCCUUUCUCCUGUUCUAUUUGAAAGUUAGGAUUGCAUUAUCGUUGCCUCAGUGAUGUAUAUCUUGUGUAUCUAUGCAUUUUACUGGUCUCUAUGCAGUACAAUGCAGAAAGAAACAUUGACCAUUGUAAGAAAAAAAGUUAGUGUUAAAGUUUAAAGAAAAGCCUGCACAAUUUGUCUCUAAAUGGUUGAAUCUUGGCACCAUGUUAGGAAUGCUGAUGCUGUUAGAUAGACGUAAUAGGCUUCACCUGAUUCAAGUGUGAGAUGUAUUAGAAACCGAUGGCACAUACACUGAGAAACAGCUAUGCCAGUGGGACCAAGGGAAGGAGCUUGGAACCAGGAAGUGUUCAUGUUCAACUCUGGUUCAGCGCUUUAUAACUGUGCGAUAUCAGGGAGAUAUUUCUGUCCAUUAUUUCUGUUGUGGAAUCAAAUGUUUAUUGAAAAUGCAGCCACACUAUGGACAAGUGCCAUUUUAAUGUACAAGUUGUGUCAGUGUCAAGUUUUAAGAUUGGUUGAGAUGGUGAUGUGUGAAAUAUUGUAUUCUUAAUUGCAAUGAUGAUGAUUGAUGCUGUUUUGUCAAUAGCAAGUUAUUUUAUCUUAAAAUGCAGCAUUAUAAUGUGAAGGUAUACAGUAAUGUUACUCUGUGAUGUUUUCUUAUAGGCACUGAUGAGGCAGCUGUCAUUGAGGUCCUGGCACGUCGUACCAUUGCUCAGAGGCAACGCAUCAAGGAGGCUUACAAGCAGACUGUGGGGAAGGUAAUAAGUGUUAUUUUUACUUAUAUCAUUGUUUUACGUCAGCGCGACGAUUCGUCCUGCACUGGUUGAGGGACGACGAGCUUCCGUUGGAGUGACGCCACCUGUCGUACGCAAUGGACUAUACCUGUGUUAUUAUGACAUUUCUCAUAUGCCAGUUUGAAUUAUCAGACUAUUCUUAAGUUUCCCAAAGCUAAACAAUGCCAGCUCCAGUAAUUGAGGAAGAAUAUUUAGAUAUUCUUAUAUUAGAUAUAGUUAAAGUGCAUGGCAGGAGUAUGCAGGGAUUGGGUAAAUAGUUAUAUUUACCAUCUUCUGUCCUGGUGUGUGUUUUUUGUGUUACUAUGGGUGUGGUGGUGUCUGUCUGGUGUUAAUGUUUACAUUGUGCUGACAGUUGGUGCCUCGGGUUCAUCAUUAACUCUUACAAACAGAUGGUUUUGUAGACAGAGGAUAGAGAGAGGGUUAUCUACCUUCAAAGAUUAGGUGAAUAAUACUCCUCUCAUGAGGGUUGAAGACCAGUUUCAGUCAGGAUAUUGCAUUGUGUGUUUAAGUGAAGUAGGCAGAUUACAGAAUGACAGGCCCUAUGUUAAAUAAUCACUAAACUCAACAUUUAAAACCGAAAGGGAAGUCUGAUCAAUGUUUACUCACUGGUGGGUGCUUAUAUCUGUCCUAUUUCACACAUGUACAAGUGUGUCAUUUAUAUCCGUGAAUUGGAAAUGUGUUUUUUGCAUAUCCCACUCUCCCUGAGAGGAUGUCUCAGCCAUUAUGAACAGCGACCCUCAAGGGCACAUCCACAGCUUUUUCACCUUAUCAGCAACCUUUCGGUUACAUCAACUUUUCGGUUAAACUCUAACCGCUAGGCUACCUUCUGCCCUACUGACACUGUGAGAUAGGAGCUGUCAUGGGGUCUGGCGAAAAAAUUAAUUGUUAAUAAAGUUAUCUUGGCCCAUGAAUGAAUGAGAAUGCUUGCCACAGGGAAGGGCAAAUAUUGCUAGUGGAAUCCUCCUGGUCAGAAACAGGAAGACAUACAGUGUGUGGGGACGCCCAGACAGACAAGGUCACGGGCAGCAGGUGUUUGAAUGUUAAAUAACGAGGCAGAGGCAUUGAUGCGAGUAACCAGUCUUGUUCAGUAUAUUGCAAUACAUCCGGGUAUCUCAAGUACACCGGUAAAACACUGGAGUUGCAGUAAUGAACAUUUACCAACAGAUGGCAUCAAUGUGCCAUCUUCCACCCAUAACAGCAGGCUCACGAAGAAGCUCACUCUGUUUACUAGGUACGUUGUGUGUCCAGAUCCUCUGCAGCCACACCCUUCUGGCAGUAUAAUUGUAUCUGGAAUGUGCUAGGUAAGACAAUCUGAGAUAUGAGUGUAUUGGAGAAAUAGUGUAUGCUGAGUUGAGCACUAGGCAGGGGAUUGUGUCCAUUGGACCCAUUUUAAAUGUCUAUGUGUGAUGUCCCUGUAGGACCUGGCGGACGAUCUGCAAGGAGAGCUGACGGGGAACUUUGAGAAAGUGGUGCUGGGCCUCCUGAUGAUCGCUCCUAAGUAUGACGCUUACGAGCUGAAGACCGCUAUAAAGGUCAGAGGUUAUUACUGCCAGGGAGACCAUCACAAUGGGGAAUUAUGUAACGCUUGUCAAUACUGUACGUCUCAUAGCUAUUGACGUUGCUUGGGGCUAUUCACCUCCUCCACCACCCAUAAUGUGUUGCCUGACACUACUCUAUGAACUAUUUCCAUAGCUCUCCACAUGUCUUUUACUGAAUGCUAGGGUGCUGGAACAGUGGAGACGGCUCUCAUUGAUAUCCUGGCCUCAAGGACGAACGCUGAAAUUAGAGCUAUCACGGAGGUCUACAAGAAAGGUACAUCACAGUACACAGCCUCUCUGUGCAAUGUAUUGAAUCUCCAUCUGUAGAAGAGUGCUGUGUUUAAACAGGAAGCCCAACUCCGAUCUCCUUUUUAUUUAUUUUAUUUUUUUUACAAGUUGGUCUUUUGACCAAUCAAAUCAACUCUGAAAAAUAUCUGUGAUUGGUCAAAAUACCAAUUAGUUUAAAAAAAUAUCAGAAUUGGGCUGCAGCCCACGUAUCACAUGCAGUGUAUGGUACAAGUCAAUAGCUUAGUAUUAAUCGCUGUAUAUAAAGAGGAAAUCUGAUCUAAGAUAUCGGUGUCUAGUUCUCUUUAGAGUGUACGGGAAUUAUUAGUGUUUUCUAUACAGCAAUAUUAAACUUUUGUUACAUAACUAUUGACAGGGUGUUCACAAACUGUUUCAAGUGUUGUGGUUAUAACUGCCUAGUCAGACCACUGGUCUUAGAUAAUUCUUAACUCCUACUUCUUUUUGCUCAAUCAUGUGACGACAGAACAUGGGAAGAGCCUGGAGGACGAUAUUGAGGGUGAUACUUCUGGAAUGUUCCAGAGGGUUCUGGUCUCUUUGCUCACAGUGAGAAUCUUCCAAUAUUGACCUCUCUAUGUACACACCUGAUUCACCUUCACAUUCCAACAAUCAAAGGAAAGCAAACAGAACUACAGUACAUGGAUUGUUGUAAGGGAAAUAGUCCGUCCCCCUUCACUUCAUCCCUUAUGUACAGUUUAACACAUAAUGGAUGUUUUUAGAGGUCUCUUAUAGCCAAAGUAAUGAUCAUGUCAUUGUCUGACUUUUUGCUAACAUGGUCUCUGUCUCUGUGCUUUGACUGACAGGCGGGGCGAGAUGAGAGCAACACUGUGAAUGAGGCUCAGGCUGUGCAGGAUGCUAAGGUGAGAAUAUGGACCCAGAGAGGAGGUGACCUGGCUCUGUCUAACUUAGUAGCACAUGCUGGGGUAUCAGGAUCACCCCAAGGUUAGGAAGAUGAUCAACUUUAGACAUUGUUUUUUCAACCUAAUCUGACAUCAAAUACCGUGCCUUCAGAAAGUAUUCACAUCUCUUGACUUUUUCAAAAUGUUGUUGUGUUACAGCCUGAAUUUAAAGUGCAUACAUAGAGAUGUUUUUGUCACUAGACUACACACACAAUAUUCCAUAAUGUCAAAGUGGAAUUAUGUUUUUUGAAAUUUGUACAAAUUAAUUAAAAAUGUAAAGCUGAAAUGUCUUUGAGUCAAUAAGUAUUCAACCCCUUUGUUUUGGCAAGCCUAAAUAAGUUCAGGAGUAAUAAUGUCCUUAACAAGUCACAUAAUAAGUUGCAUGGACUCACUCUGUGUGCAAUAAUAGUGUUUAACAUGAUUUUUGAAUGACUACCUCAUCUCUCUACCCCACACAUACAAUCAUCUAUAAGGUCCCUCAGUCGAGCAGUGAAUUUCAAACACAGAUUAAACCACAAAGAUCAUGGAGGUUUUCCAAUGCCUCGCAAAGAAGGACACCUAUUGGUAGAUGGGUAACAUGACCCGCUCCUUAACACCCGCCAGCUUAACCCGGAAGCCAGCCACACCGGAGGAAACACCGUUCAACUGGCAUCAGCCCGCAGGCACCCGGCCCGCCACAAGGAGUCGCUAGAGCGCGAUGAGCCAAAUAAAGCCCUACCGGUCAAACCCUCCCCUAACUUGAACGACGCUGGGCCAAUUGUGCGCCGUCCUAUGGGACUCCUGGCCACGGCCGGUUGUGGCCACUCCAUAUUUUCAAGCAUAGUGGUGGCUGCAUCAUAUUAUGGGUAUGCUUGUAAUCGUUAAGGACUGGGGAGUUUUUCAUGAUAAAAAAUAAACGGAAUGGAGAUAAGCACAGGCAAAAUCCUAGAGGAAAACCUGGUUGAGUCACCUUUCAGCAGGACAAUAACCUAAAACACAAGGUCAAAUCUACGCUGGAGUGGCCGAGUUACAGUUUUUACUUAAAUCUGCUUGAAAAUCUAUGGCAAGACCUGAAAAUGGUUGUCUAGCAAUGAUCAAUAACCAAUUUGACAGAACUUGAAGAAAUAUGAAAAGAAUAAUGGGCAAAUGUUGCACAGUCCAGGUGUGGAAAGCUCUUAGAGACUUACCCAGAAAGAUUCACAGCUAUAUUUGCUGCCAAAGGUGAUUCUAACAUGUAUUGACUCAGGGAGUUGAAUACUAAUCCAAAUAUAUUAGUGUUUUAUUUUUCAUAUAUUUUCUUUUAAACAAAUGUACAAAAUUGUCUUCCACUUUGUGUUUAAAUCGUUGACAAAAAAAUGACAGUUAAACCCACUUUGUAACACAACAAAAUGUGGAAAAAGUCAAGGGGUGUGAAUACUUUCUGAAGGCACUGUAUGUCCCAAAAACAGUCUAAGUGUUUGGAGAUUGACCUUUUGGGUUUGUAAAAUGGUUUUGCUGUGGGUUCUCAGGAUAUCUACGAGGCUGGGGAGGCUUGUUGGGGAACAGAUGAGGUCAAGUUCCUCACUGUGCUCUGUGUGAGGAACAGAAACCACCUACUCCGAGGUAAUUGCGCCACAUUAGUGUCUCUUAUAGCGGAGUUAGUUAAUAAUAAUAAUAAGCCAUUUAGCAGAUGCUUUUAUCCAAAGCGACUUACAGUCAUGUGCGCAUACAUUUUUACAUAUGGGUGGUCCCGGGGAUCGAACCCACUACCCUGGCGUUACAAGCGCCGUGCUCUACCAAUUGAGCUACAGAGGACCACAGUUAGAUCCUGUUUUGGGAGUGGGAAGUUAUCAAAUUUGCCCUUUGUGUUUUUAUGAUUCAGUGCAUUCAAGUUGUUUAUUACUUAUUUGUAACUCUUUACAGUGCUGUACUUCAGUAAAGAUAAGAUUUACUUCCGCAUUGAUUUUUCUACAGAAAUUAAUGUACAGACACAGUUCUGCUGUCCUCUUGUGGUGAUUUUGGGAACAAAUAUUUUAUAAUGUGCUUACGGCUUACUCAUUCCAACAGUUGAAUUGAUUCCACAUCUCUCUCUGCCUCUCUCAUUCCCUCAGUGUUUGAGGAGUAUCAGAAGAUCUCUGGGAGGGACAUCGAGGAUAGCAUUAAGAGGGAGAUGUCUGGCUCUCUGGAGGAUGUCUUCCUGGCAAUAGGUCUGUCCGACGGAUCCAAUUUGUUUCACUGCCUCUUGUAAUAAUGUAUCGAAGACAGAUCCCACUGGAGGUCAAACUGGUUGAAUCAACAUUGUUUUUAUGUCAUUUCAACCCCAAAAUUAAAUGUGAUGACGUUGAAUCAACGUGGAAAACUGAUUUUAUUUGCAAAAAGUAAUCAAUUUAAGGGAAUUUCAUAUAUAUUUUUUUUCUAAAUCCAAUUUUUGCUUGAUUUCACGUUGAGUUCACAUUAGUUGACAACUCAACCAAAUGUAAAUCAAAACUAGAAGUUGAACUGAUGUCUCUGCCAAGUGGGAUAAGGUUUGACUAAGAGUCAGAUCAGUUCUGAUGAAAAUAAGCACAUAAAGAGUAUGCUGAACCAGACUGUAAGGGCACAGUGCUAUAAUACUCAUUUGAAACUAAAGCUUGUUCAGCUACCCUGCCUUAUAUAUCGAUCUGUUUUAUUUUUUGCAGUGAAGUGUCUCCGAAACAAGCCAGCAUUCUUUGCAGAGCGGUUAUACAAAUCCAUGAAGGUAAAGGUUUUGAAAUUGAGGCUUUUUAAAAAAAUACUCUCCCAUGGAGUGUGCAUAUCUGCCUACACUUGUGGGUUAUCAGACAGCAUUUAUGUCAGAAUGUUGACAGCUCCCUCCCUCUUGUCUCCUCAGGGUCUGGGAACUACAGACAGCAUCCUGAUUAGAAUCAUGGUGGCUCGGGCCGAGAUUGACAUGUUGGACAUCAAGGCCGAGUUCUCUAAGGCGUACGGCAAGACUCUCCAUUCCUUCAUCAAGGUGAGACCCUGGUCAAAAGAGAUUGAGUAAUGAUUUAUCUCAUAAAAAGUAAAAGUUAGAUUUGUGCCCAUUUCUUUCUGUUAUCUUGAAGUAAUCCGAGUAUGUCUGUAUUGUUAAGGGAGAUGUAUCUGGAGAUUACUGCAAAAUCCUGCUGGAGUUGUGUGGAGAGUAGGACAUCGAACAUCGAGGACAUCAUUCAGUGAUGACUUCACUCUGCAACAACACCAUUGGUGCCUCUCCUAUCUGCUGUUUCCUUUGCUUCCAGCUCUCUCAAUAUCCUCUGCUCUUCUGUUGUCCCAACAUUUCAGAGACUGACCAUGAUGCCUUUUUUCACAGUUUGUAAUACUAAUUAAACCAAAGACAAGUGACAUUUUACA